CGGAAGUAAACAGACAAAGGAGUUUCGGUGAACUCGACUUUGGUCCUAAAGCAACAAGAUUUCUUGUUCCUAUCGGGGUCUUGGAUGGUUCGGUAGUGGUGGAGAAACACCAAGAGAUGGACGAACCGAACAAAGUUCUGAAAGAGUUCCGGGAAGCAGCGGUACAGUCGGACCUCAGAGGCCUCCAACAGCAGGUGAAGGAGGAGCAGCGAUCUGCGAGCGCCAGUCCUGACAAUGAGGAACCAGAAGCUCCCUUUGUUAAAGAGGAAGAAGAGGAGGAGGACGUCACCAGCAUCCCUCCUUUUGAUAUUGUCGUGGUGAAGAUUGGAGACUGUGAGGAUGAUGCUGACAGCACAGAGGAUCCUCCGACAUGCAGGUCAACUCCGGCCAGUGACCACCGGAGGUCCUUGUCCUCUGAAUCCGACAUUGAUGACACUGAAACUUUGCUGGGAACAAGCAACACCCAGAAUCCAGAUGCAUGUCCGACGAUGGAUGAUGACAAAUCACUGAGCUGCUCUGCUUGUGGGAGAAAAUGUACGUCCAAGUCUGGACUGACUCAGCACAAAAAAAUUUGCAAGGGAGACUCUCUGACCUGCCUGCUCUGUGCCAAAACCUUCUCUCGGAAAGGAAACCUCACCACUCACAUGAAAACUCAUGGUGGACAGACGACAUUUAGGUGCCCAGUGGGGGGCGAUUGUCCCUCUAUGAUGGUAUGUCUAAAGGUCCAUGGAAGACCCCCACCUGAGGAGAGACUGUACUACUGUUCAGAGUGCGGGAAAUGUUUUGAUUCAACAGCAAAACUGACGGCUCACAACAGAGUCCAUACUGGGGAGAAACCUUUUGGUUGUCCGGAAUGUGGAGCGUGUUUCAAUCAGAGAGGAAGUCUGUACCGACACAAGAGAAUACACACAGGAGAGAAACCCUUCUGCUGUUUAGAGUGUGGCAAAUGUUUCAAGCGGCGAGAACAGCUGAAGAGACAUGAGUCCAGUCACACUGGAGAGAAACCGUUCUGCUGUUUAGAUUGUGGCAAAUGCUUCAAUCGCAGAGAAGAUCUGAAGAGACACUUGCGAGUACACACUGGAGAAAAGCCAUUCUGCUGCUCAGAAUGCGGGAAAUGUUUCACCAAUAGACGGAAUUAUAAGAAACACUGCAGAGCUCAUGGAGGGGAGAAAUGGAUUCAAGGUUAGGGUUGGGACUGAGGAGACUGAGUGAGUGUGAGUCUGAAUGCUCAUAGACCAUCUGAGGGAGUCAUGUCUCAUGCCUCUUAUGUGGGUCUCAGAUAAGACUGACUUUCAUAUUACCAAGCCAACAGCCAAACAAAAUCAUUCUUGUGAGGAAGGACAAAUACUGAGUAUAAAAAAAUGCUCGAAUGUGUUCUAAGAUGGGAGACAUCAUCUCAUCUCUCCCUCCUCAGUGAAGGACAAGCAGCUGGUGAGACCUUCUGAUGAUUUACACGAGGGGUUUUACCUGAGUCAUGUAGAUGAUCUCACCGUAUUGGAGUGAGACUGUAUCCAAAAUAACCAUUUAUAGUUUCCUGUAAUUACGUUUAUUAUAAUAAUCAAAUAGAAGAUGUGCCACAAUAAAGAUGCCAAA